CACGCUGACUUCAAUCUGACAAGAGCAAGGCGUCUGACGCGUCAGUUUCAUUCUGUCUGUAAACAACCGAGACACGGACUUAAGUUAUUAUGCCUCAAUUAAACGGUAUGAUCACAUUAAUAUCGGAGCACGUCAGCCUCUGAUCUCAAAUCAUCAUCAGCAGCAGUUAAAGUGGUUUGGUCCAGCAUGUUGGUGACGGUGACAGAGGUGGUGCGGUUUACUCACUAUAGCAAUACCAGUGUGUUUCCCACUACGAAAAACAGCUCUGAAAUUAUUCCAGAUCAUGAAAUCAACAUCACUAAACCACACAAGUGUCUGCAGAUCCUGUACGAGGACAUCGGAGACUCGAGUGUUCGUUUCUGGGAUCUAACGCUGCUCAUCCCAAAUGUGGCGUUCCUCAUAUUCCUGAUGUGGAAGCUUCCUUCCGCUCGUGCAAAGAUCCGUCUCACCUCCAGCCCCAUAUUCGUGGCGUUCUAUAUACUGGUAUUUGUCGUGGCGGCUGUAGGAAUCACUCGCGCUAUAGUGUCCAUGACUGUCAGCACAUCUACUGCUGCUACACUCAUAGAUAAGGUGCUUUGGGAGAUCACAAGGUUCUUUUUAUUGGCUAUUGAGCUUAGUGUCAUCAUUCUGGGAUUGGCUUUCGGUAAUCUGGAGAGCAAGUCCAGUGUGAAGCGAGUCUUGGCCAUCACUGCAGUUCUGUCUCUAGCGUACUCCAUCACACAGGGGACUCUGGAGAUUCGUUACCCAGAUAAACACCUCUCGGCCAAAGACUUCAACAUCUACGGACAUGGUGGGCGGCACUUCUGGUUGGCCAGUUCCUGCUUCUUUUUCCUGGUGUAUUCCCUGAUAGUCAUUCUACCCAAAACUCCAAUCAGAGAGAGAAUCUCAUUGCCAUCCAAAAGGAGUUUUUACGUGUACGCUGCGAUCCUGGCCGUAUUGAAUCUGGUUCAGGGUUUGGGCAGCGCUCUGCUCUGUGCUGACAUCAUUGAAGGCUUGUGCUGUGUGGACGUGACCACAUUCCUCUACUUCUCUGUCUUUGCUCCUCUGAUCUACGUGACAUUCCUCAAAGGAUUCUUCGGUUCCGAGCCAAAGAUCCUCUUCUCCUACAAGUCACAGAUAGAUGAACCAGAAGACUCCGACGUCCACCUGCCCAACACCUCGUCCUCCGGUCUUGGCAGGAAGGAUCUCGAUCACGGCUCGUACUCCAGCACGCAGAUCGACGGUUCUGGAGCAUACUUGGACGACGUGGUGUCUGGACCGUACGGCGUAGGAAACAGCAUCAACAGCAUCGACAGUGACCGCUGGAGAGCUCUCAACGCCUGAGACGCACCGAGAGAACGUUGUAAAAGUGACCUCCACGCCGCUGAUUUAAAAUGUAGUUUACCGCCUUGAAGUGGUUCUUCAUAGUGCUCUGUUUUUUAAAAGUUAACAUGAUUUCUAUUCCAUGAAUUCAACAUUCCUCUCGUAAGCACCAGUGCUCUUAAUUUUAACUGGGCGUCGUUCAACAGCUCUGUUAGAUGCAACGUUAUUGGACUUUGUGAAGAGCAUAACCUAAAUAUAUCGGCUGAAAGCAUAAUUGUUUUAGAUUCUGAGAUGUGCUGCUGAUACCAGCAAAUGUCUGCUUGAUUUUUGAUGUUCCUUUUCUAUAUUUUGGGGGGUUGUUGUGCACUGAGAAAUAUUCAUUUUGACCAUUCAACUUGUCUAUGAAUUUUGGUGCGUAAAACAUACUCUAACUUUUGCAUAUGGUUCAUCUUGACUGGCCAAAGUUUGUACAAAAAAAAUAUAUAUAUAUAUAUUAUUUCUUGAUGCUGGAUCAUAGUUAGAUUUGAAAGUGUUUCCUUUUGAUUUUUAUUUAUUUAAGUGAUUUGUUGAAUGGGUCAGAUCUUUCUAUUUGACAAUGAAAAGGGAUCUGACUCCAACCUGGCUUGUCACAACAACAGUUAUCAUUCCAUGUAAAAGACAUUUAAUGCAAGAAUAAGGACCAUACUAAGAUAAAACAUUCAAUUAUUUUGAUCUGGUGUACAAGCCUGUAAAGACAACAAUGUGACAAAUUGUUUGUGUCAAUUAAAUUGGGCUAGAGUCAAAUGUUUAAUUCUGUUUAAAUGUAUUCCCUUUGCUUUUUCAGUUUGAGCAUGAAGAGGUUUAAAUGCUUUAGGUGAGUAUACCAGGGGACUUUUAUCGAGUGAACUCCAUCAAAUACCACAUAUUAGCUGUAAUUAAUGCUUCGCUCAGACUCUGCUUUUAUCACUGUCUUAACAGAAAUAUAUCUCAAAGAUAUUUCAUAUUAUAAUUGUUCUUCCCUGAAAUAUUUGGAUAUUUCCUUUGUAAACAGUGUUGAUGAGACAUGAGUUACGUGUGUUUAUACAUCCAAGAAUGUGCUACCAUCUAAAUGCAAAAAAUAAAAUCCAAUCCACCAAAAAUAGUUUAAUGUCACGGUAUAAUAAUUGUAUUUGUAUAUACUGGGGCACGCUGACAACUGGGGACUUUUAUUUUGACGGAUGCUUAACUGUGACGUGUCUUGGUGCCAUUUUUUUUUUUUUUUUUGCACUGCAUAGGAGAAACACAGAAAAAUAUUAGAUUAAGAUAUAAUUGAUUAUACAUCAAAAAUAAAUACAUUUAAAAUGUGCAAAACGUUAUUUUUGUGAGCGUACUUAAAUAAUAGAAAAACAAAUCUUUCAAUGGUAAUAUUAACUCUAUAUUAUUAAUGUUAGUUUAUAAAGGGAGACAGAUCAUUUAAUUGGCUCUGUACUUGUAUU